ACUUUCACUUUCACUUACUCCAUGAAACAUGGCAGCUUCUAUUGUAAGAGGAGUGGAAAGGUUAAACUUAAAUAUUUACGUUCAGCGUAAAUGUAUUACACGUUCAAUAACCAGACGACAUUUUUCUACAUCAAAACAACUGAACAAGGCACUGGUGCUAGGUGUAUAUGAAAGUGAUUCACCUGAAUCCGUUGAAUUAUCCAGAACAGCUCAAAGAUUCAAUGAAAAUGUUGAUGGGAAGAUUCUUCAGCUGUUGAAAUUGGUAAAGAAACCUCUAAAAUCAGGUAAAACUAGGACAUUGCAUGGAGUGGAUCCAGAGUUUUCUUCGGUGGUGGUUACCUGCAUUGGAAAAAAGGGAGAAGGUUAUGAUGAAUUGGAGACAGUAGACAAAGGGAGAGAAUCCAUUCGAGCAGCUGUGGCAAGGGCUGUCCUUCAAUUGAGAGAAUUAGGUGAAAGUGAGAUUGAAGUGGAUUCUUGUGGAGACACUGAAGCUUCUGCAGAGGGAUGUCAUCUUGCUCUAUUCUCUUAUGAUGAUCUGAAAGCUGAAAAAAGUAGAAAACCACCAGUCAGCGUGUCCUGUGCAUCUCGAUUUAGCCAAGACAAAAAUAAUGUGGAAAAAGACUGGAGAAGAGGUAGCAUUUUAGCAGACGGUCAAAAUCUCUCCAGGCGUCUGAUGGAAAUGCCAUCUAAUCUUCUUACUCCAACAAAGUUUGCAGAAAUUGUCCAGGAGCAGUUGGGUUCAAAAUGUGAAGUCAUAGUCAGGGACAAGGGCUGGGCAGAAUCAAUGAAAAUGGGGUCAUUUUUAUCCGUGGCAAGAGGAUCAACAGAGCCACCUGUUUUCUUGGAAAUUGAGUACAAAGGAAAGCAAUCAGACAGCCCCAUGGCCUUAGUAGGGAAAGGUGUCACCUUUGAUACUGGUGGAAUCUCUAUAAAACCUUCACAAGGUAUGGACGCCAUGCGAGCAGACAUGGGAGGGGCAGCCUGUGUGGUUGGCAGCCUGCAGAGUAUCAGUAAACUAGGACUUCCUGUUCAUGUAAAAGCAUUUAUUCCUCUCUGUGAGAAUAUGCCUAGUGGAUCUGCCACCAAACCUGGAGAUGUAGUCACUGCCAUGAAUGGAAAGACAAUACAGGUGGACAACACAGAUGCGGAGGGGAGACUGAUUCUGGCUGAUGCUUUAUGUUACAGUGAACAGUUUAAUCCAUCUCUCAUCUUAGACAUGGCAACUCUAACAGGUGCUAUAGAUGUAGCUCUUGGAGCAGGGGCUGCUGGGGUGUUUACAAACUCAGAAAACAUGUGGAAUAAACUUCAGAAGGCUAGUACAAAAACAGGCGAUAGAGUUUGGAGAAUGCCAUUAUUCAAUCACUACACAAAGCAAAUAAAAGAAUGCCAGCUAGCUGACCUUAAUAAUAUUGGUGGUUCAAGGUCAGCUGGAGCCUGCACAGCAGCUGCCUUUCUCAAGGAAUUUGUGACAAACAAGAACUGGCUACAUCUGGAUAUUGCGGGUGUCAUGUCUAAUAAAGGAGAUGUAUCUUACCUCGGAAAAGGCAUGUCAGGAAGACCUACCAGAACUGUGAUAGAGUUUAUCAACAUUGCCAGCAAUGACUCUACCAGUUAAUGGGGCCAAAUAUUAAUGUACUUUGAUAUAGAAUUAGUAUGAAUGUUGUACAUGUACCUUAAAAAUUGUGAUAAUAAAUUUUAAAAUUUGUAAAUUAA